GACUCUCGCGUUGGGACUUGUGGCAGUUGACCGACAAAAGAGCGAGAGCCCGAAUCUUCGCCUCGCCAAGUGUUGGCACAGCAAUCUUCAAGAAGAGAAGGAAAAAAAAAAGGGGGGGUUGACACAGCAUUGACGCCUGUUGCUCCCGUUAGGGGCUGUUCACGAACUGUGUUAGGUCCCCUUUUUUUUUUCCACAUCCCAAGUACUGUGCAUUUCCUCUGGGUGAACUUUAAAUACAAAUGGAUUUUAUUUUUAUUUUCUGUGAUUUCUCUGGAUUUUGUUUAACUUGACAGUUCAACAUGUUUCUGGUGUGAACUAUAUUUAGUAAAGAUUUGAAGUGUAAAGAAAUGUGGUACGUUGUAAAUUCGAGUGUAAAUGACUUGUUGAAAUGUAAACAAACAGUCAAAUACAUCUUCAUUGGUGAACGAAUAGUGUACUGUUCAAACUAUUUUACUCCCACAAUGACUCCUUGGGAUUGCAUUCUAUAACUAGGCAGCUUUUUUGGUUUUUGUUUCGGUGUACCCUAUCUGGAUUAAAAAAAAACAAUUUUUAUGGGGGUUGUAACUGUGAGAGAGUAAGCAAGGGUGGAUAUGGUUUUCUUGAGCACUGUAGGCGCAAUGCAGAACUCACGAUCUCACAUAGCCGCGCCUCCCAGCAGACGGCCCUAUGCUCAUCCGGAAGAAGAACAUCGCUUAAAGCGUGCGGAACGACCAGGUCUGGGACUGAGUAGCUCACGGCCACUGUCCGUUCACGGCUUGCCUUCUUUUCAUGGGCUCUCAUCACCCGACGACCCUGUGUCGCAGCCCCCGGGGUCUCUGCGCGCUGAGCAGAUGCCACAGACUCUUAAGUCAGCGUCCACUUCUUCCGUGAUUGCGUCUCGUCCCGACAUGGUGAUGGUCAACGGAUUCAUUGUUCACAGCAAACCAACGUCCAGUCAGCGUUUUCGGCGCGUUGGUCAAUACCAGAAUGGACACGUCGAGGACGUCUCGUCGCCGCUCCUAAAUCAUAAGUACGAUAGUGUGUCAAGUCGUAACAGUUUAAAAUCAGCGUCCUGUAUACAGUUAUCUUCAGCCCAUGGCUUCCCUCCAGAGUUGCCACCCAUGCUUGAUCUGACCCAACACAAGGCCAAGGCCGUUUAUAUCUCCCCGUCUGCGAAUCAAAGCUACUCACAUCAGAGGGACUACACCGACAAAGACAGCCUCCACGCUCAAGGGGCCACUUUUACCAAACUAAACGGGACAGUUGAUCAGACUUUCGAACUAAACAGAAAUUCUCUAAAUAGAGCUCCUAGAAAACCUCCUGUCGUCCAAUCCAAUUCUUUGUACCAAAACACUUGGAGCCAUUCAGACGUUGAUCAUAAUGACAACGUUGACAACAUGGAGGCAGCAAAAGUGAGACCAUUGCAACGAUCCAAAGAAAAUUUGGAAAUCAGGUCUGACGUUUUGGAUAACAACAUGUCGCAAUUCGUUCGAGCACAGAAAAUGUCAUUGGUUCCCGGUGUCUCUUCGCCUAACAACGAUCCAAACCAUGAUCGUUUGAACUACAACACUAGAUUCAGCUCCAUGCAGUGUCUGCAGGAAAGGACAAACACGUACAAGCCAAAUCUAAAGUCUUCCAGCUCUUACUCUAUCAGAGAUAGCUACGGGACAAUGACGCACCACAGUGGCCGCUCGUCCACCGGGACCAACGACUACUUGCAGAGCAGCGGUCAGAACUUCUUCAUGCAGCGUCGAGGCAGCGACCAGCUGAGGAGGGCUGUGUCUUAUGAGCAGAAGGUUCUGGAACCCAAGGAUAUCGUGAUUCGAACUUCCAGUGACGGUGAGCUAGAGUCUGAGUAUGUUACAUUAGACCGUCACUACUCUCCGUUUCAAAACUCGAGGCUGAGUAAAGUGACGGAAGGCGUUGCUCAGUCCUCGAUUGCAGCCCUAAAUGGCGCCCUAUCCCCACUGACAGAGUCUAACAACAUCAGGACUACGUUAAACCCGCAUGUUCCUAACGAUGACCUUAUUAACCCUGACGUUUUGCACGCUUCCAAUCAACCCAUUAGAUCUAGCAAGAGCAUGAAUUUUAAUCCAACUAACACUUCCGCCGAGGUCCGCGGCGCGCACCAGAAAAGGAAAUCCAACUCUGGGGCUCUGCGCGCCGUGGCCGAGACUUUGGGCUCAGUUUUUCACUCUCCCAGGAGCUCCGGCAGCAGCUCCCGCGGGAGUGGGAGCCCCAGGUCUACCAACGGCUUUGGUGGAGCUCCGAUGACCUUCAGUUCUACUAACAUGACCAACGGGCAUGUUGCAUCUAAGCAAAGGCUGACCCGUAGCAAAUCUUUGCCCGACCUCCAGGCCCCUGAUAGUGCCAACCAUUACAGUGACGAUGAGGACGGCGACGACUUUGGCUUCCUCAGUUACCCCAUCUCAUUCUCUUCUUGCUCCACCUCUGCAGCUAUGAACAAAGCUAAGUCUCCUUCGCCAGGGAACAAGAUCUUCCCCAAGCGAUGGAGGAGUAAAACCAAGGUCAUCGCCACAACAGCCAAAGCAGCUACGAUGUGGAUGCCUGGACCCCCGGGCUCUUGUACCUGGUCAAGCAUGAGCGGCCGGAAAGUCCAGCUUCGACCAGUGAGCAUCCUCAAUCUCACGGAAGCCGAGAGACUAGCAUUGCAGAAGAUUGCUCUGUCCAAGCUGCAGUCGAUGGAUAUUGGUUGUCCAGUGGCAAUACCGAAAGAAAAUGAAGAGCUGCAAAGAAGUAAAAAAUCGUCCUUGUCCUUGAAAAGACGCUCAAAAUCUGUGAGUGCACCUGCAUUAGAUGCUAUGGGAAAAGAAUCCAGUGGCCAAGGUCUUGUAUUUAAGAUUCCCUUGAGCAAAUGUCUCAUGAAUGACAAAGAAUUAGAAAAAAGACGUAAGCGAAUAGCGUCCACCGUAGGAGGCAGUUCAGUCAAAAACAAGGGUGAUGCCAAUGAAAACUCUACCAAACCAAACAGGAAGUCCAGCAGCUCAUCUCAAGGUUCGGCAGAGAAUUCCAAUCACCUGCUUUCUCCACACAAUGAUUUUUCUGUGUCUGCUCACAAGAGAGCAGCAAGUUCUGAUAGUUUGUCAGAGUCUGAGUCGAGCAGGAAUACAAGUUCCAGUCUGAUUGAUGCUCUUUCACUCUCUACCUCCAACCCCCCAUCCAGACUUGGGAGCGUGGCCAUGGAAGGGGUUGUUUUAGCCAAUCAAGGUCUGACACAUGUACCCAAUGUUGUGAAGGCUUGUUUUAAACACAUAGAAACUUAUGGUUUGCAAACUUUGGGAAUCUUCAGAGUUGGCUGCUCAAAGAAACGAGUUAAACAGCUGCGUGAGGAAUUUGAUAGUGGCAAAGAAGUUGUGCUGACUGAUGAGUACCAUCCCCAUGAUGUAGCUGCAUUACUUAAAGAAUAUUUUAGAGAUUUACCUGACCCACUUCUUACCAGGGAGCUUUACUUGCCAUUUUUGUUUGUCAAAAGAAUGAAGGAUGAGCACAAGAGACAUAAUGCAUUGCGUCUGCUGAUUUCAAUGUUGCCUGUGGCUAACAGAGAUACUCUUUGGGCCCUCCUAAGGUUUUUGGCUACUGUUUGUCAGCAUGCAGCUGAUGCCACAGAUGAAAAGGGAGAAGUAAUUGCUGGUAACAAAAUGGACUCCCAUAAUUUGGCAACUCUCUUUGGUCCCAAUAUUCUUCAUCGGACAAAGACAACAAAUGAUAAGGAAUUGAUGUCAGAGUCAGCUGAGCGUGUUGAGCAGAGCAAAGAAAUCAUUGAAGUUGUUAAGGAUCUUAUUGAUAACCAUCAUGAACUGUUUGAGAUAUCUGGCAGCUUAAGAGAUGAUGUGCUUAGACUGCUGGCAGAAACAAAUCAAGAAGUAGUGGAUAAUAUUCUCAAAUUCUUAGCUAAUCAGAAUCAAAUUGAAGCUGAUCCUGAAUCCAUGUGCAGUGUGUUCGAGGAUUCUAUGAACAGUCCUUACUUAUACCAUGCCAUGAAUAGUGAUGCUGAUUUGUUGACUUAUACCCGCAAGCAGUCUUUGACAUCCCAUCGACCUUUAAGGGUUACCAAAAGUGCGGACAACAGUCUAGACUCUCCUGUCUCGAAAUCUCGAGCAACCCACUUGUCCGAAUCUCAAGCCUUUUCUCCAACAUCAAAGGACAACCAGGCAUCGGUUUCUAGUACGACAUCCAACCCUGGCAAGCAGAGAUAUGAUUUGGGAUAUGGCUUCCCCAACCCUAUGUUGGGUCUACUUCCAAUUCUGAGGGUGUCACAGGAGCCUGUUAAUCAAGAUGUAGUAAUGAGGGGUAGGGUUGAAUCUGGAUAUGCUGAGCGUCCACAUUCAGAAAUUUAUAAUGAAAAUUUAAACAUUCCAAGGCCUGUGUAUCUUAGAGAGAACAGUUACUCUAGUGUCUCCAGCGGUUUGUCGUCUUCGUUAAACAGCCAGGGUGGUUCUGAUUUGAACCAGUCAGGACAAUGGGCACUCCCGACACCACCAACCUCAAGAGGCUCAUCCCCGAAACCAUCUUUUAAAAAUAGUUCAUCUUCAUCAACGUUAAUAGCCCCUUCACUGUCCCCUAUGAUAUUAAAACAAAACUUUUUGAAGCAAGACGAUGAAAAUAAACCACCUUUACAAUCUUCAGACUGGGAGAGGUGGAGACAUUGGGAAAAGAUGGCUGCAGAGAAAAAAAAUUCAGAGUCGGAACAAGAAACAUUAGUUUAAGCUGUAAGAUAUGAACUGCUAAUGUACAAAUUUGCUUUGAGUCUUUGUCUUAUGCCAAAAUGUUGUUGUAUUUUUAAUUUUAAUAAUUUCAUACACAUUGAUAUUAUAAUAGCAAUAUAAUCAAUAUCAAAUCUUGUAAAAACAAAAUUCUUCCACAUUAUUCCAUGUUCUUCCAUCCCACUUUAUGGGUAAAUUCAAGACAUAAACAUUAAUAACCUUGAUGCUUUUCUGUGCUUCCAUAUUUCUACACUUCUGCUUAUUCAUAUAUUUGAAGGAAAUUGAAAAUCCUUCAUGAAAUAUAUAAUUAAUAAUAAAUAUUUAUGAGUACUUUCAAGGAAUAUUCAAGGAAAGUGUUACCAUAUGAAAACACUUGUCUGCUAUCUCAAGAACACCAAUGCUACAAAAUAAUAACGUGCCCACACAUAACUUGUCUUGAACUUAGAAAGUUGUGACAGCUGUAAGCUUCCAUGUCUUAAAGAUGUGUGCUUGUAUUUCAGUUGUUAUUUUGUGUGUGUGUACUUAAAGAUUUGCUUAAAAAAAAAUUGUUAUGGACAUUAGAUUUUGUUUCUUGUUGUUGUCUAGCAUUUUGUUCAUUUCUUACAAUCGUAGUAGACAAAUACUAAUAAUGGGAGAAGCCUUUUGGAAUAGGAAUACAUUUAGUUUUACUAUGUUCACUUUAGCUUGCUAAAGAAAAUAUUGAAAUGUGUUAACUGGACGAAUCAUGCAUUAACAAAUAGAUUUAGUCCUUGCAUUUCAUGCAUGCAAACUGAACUACUUCACCACUUCAAAUACAGGAUGCUUUGAAAACCUAUGAGGGGGAUGUAUACAAGUAUUGUGAAACUACCGGUUAAUUAGUUUUUAUAAGACUAAUUAGGGAUUUCUCAUUUCAUCAUAUUAAUAGAAGUGAUCUGUAAAUAUGGCUUGCAAUAAUUAUUGUCACAUUGUUAGGGCCAUGUCUUUGUUAUUUCAUAGCUUGAAGAGAAAGAUGGCAGGAUUUGAAAUGUGAAGUAUGCCUAAAUCUUAACUUUGGAGUCAUUUUUUUUUUUGUAAACUUAAUUGAAAAUAUUGAUCAUUACUUUAGCAAAGCUAAAAGUUUGAUACUUGCUUUAAAUUGUAACUGUACAUGAUAAAUAGGAUUGAAAGAAUAAUUACAAAAUAAAUCUAAAGAACAAGAAAUGCUAAUUGCACACAAAACCUUUGUUUUGUAACUCCUUGGGGUGUUUUCUCUAUUUUUUUAUCAUUGUCUAUCGCAACACCAACAUUUUGCCUAAAAUAUUUCCUGAACCUUUUCUCGUUCAACUUUCAUCGUACAGUUCAGUAGAAACCAUUAAAUGUUAUUCUUAGGAAUACUAUACAAUACUGUACUAUUCAAGAAUGUAAGCCUACUAUACUUUGGCAGUGUGUUGUUAGAAUGUCUUCAGCUUAAAAACUUUAUUUUCACUUUAAGUGAACUACUCUUGUUAUCAUACAUUAGCAACUUGUUUAAAGAAGAUGGCUGCCUGGUAGUAUGGUAUACACUAGACUGGUCUGUCAUCUCAAUGGUUCCAGGUUCGAACCCUGCCUGCCAACAUCCCCCUGCCUCCUUGGGGGAGGCUUGAGCUAAGAUGUAAUAAUCUUCACUUCUGAAGGAACAACCAAAACAUGUAAAACAAACAAAACACUAUAGUAUCUUAUGCAAACAUAUGACAGUGAACUCAUCGGCAAGUUUGGUUUGUUUGUACAAUAAUUUGUUUGAUAGCUCAAAAGCAUUAAAGCAUAAUCUCAAUAGAAAGAUGCUGUAAAUAUUGUUUUCUUUGAAUAAUAUAUUUAAAAAAUACUACACUUGACAUGUACCUAGAUAAUGAUCAAAUAAUCACAUCUAUUGCUCCAAAAUUUGUUGAUGUUUUUUUACAUAUAAUGGCAAAGAUAAUGAAUGUGUUCCUCCCUGAUGAUGUCAGUUAUAUAAUGAAAUGCAAAACAAAAAUGUGUGUACAAAAUAUAUAUAUAUAUAUAUAUUUAUUUGAAAAGUGUUUGUUUGAUGUCUUUCCCCUUACAAAAUAUUUCCCCUUUGGUAUUUGUAUUUGUACAAAAAAUAUAUUUAAACUGCACAAAAAAAAUAUAUAAAUAUAUAUAUAUUAAAAAUAGUGUAAUAAUCUUACCUGAUUGUCUUUUUUUAUAUAUAUAUAUAUAUAUAAUUAAAACUCUAGUUCCCUAGAGUUUCCAAUGUUAAAUGCCAAAAUUUGAGAACAAAUUUUUGAAAUUGAAAUAUUGAAUCAUCUAUAUUAUAGAAAGUUGUUUUUUAAUAUAAAUAUCUAUAUUUUGACCUAGUCCAUACUUGUAAGAGAUUUUUUUUUUUUAAAUCAAUGCUUUCUGUAUUUAAUAAAGUUUUUUUCUGUAGUUUAAAAGAAAACAAAGAAGAAUGUGGCAGUGAAUCAAAGGUUUAGUUGUAUUUUUUAUAUAUUUUUUUUUUAAAUUUCUUUAAUAGCCUACCUCUACUUUACAGUGUAUACAUUUGAAAACAUAUUUCAAUGUAAAUAAUUAUUUGGUAAGAUUGGCCCUUUAACUGUAUUAAUAUGUUUUAUUUCAUAAAUAUAUUGCAAUUUUUUAAAACUUUUUUUUCAAGACUACUUGCACAUGUUUGCUAAAAAAAAAUGUUUAUAAUUUUUAAAAUAUUAUUUAUAAAUAUUUUUAGGUAAAUUUUAUAUUUGUCUUAAAAAUAAUUUAAGGAAUAUAGAAAAAAUAAGAUCUUACACAUGUCCAAUAUAACUAAAACAUAUACAUUUAGAUAUUUAUUCUAAAAAUCGUAUGACGUGAAAACUUUAUAAACCAGUAAUCUAUCAGUGGUUAAGUUUGUAUUUUUGUUUAAAUCAAGAAACAUUUAAAAUAUGCCCCCCCCCCCCACCACCACCAAUUAAAUUUCUUUGAAUGUAAGACCCAACAGACUAUUUGCCUCUUAUGAUUUUGUAUUAUUUAAUUAUAUAUAUAUUAUUUUGUCCCACAUCUCUAUAUUAGUGAAGCAUAAAAUUUUAAUGUUAACUUCUCUUAAAACCUCUCUGGUGUUGUGCACAUCUAUAAAAAAAAAAAUUAUGUGGACGCUAAAUAAUGUUUGGACAUAAUUUCCUUAGCAUUAAUUCUAUUGCUAUUUUAUUAUCAUGCUAAUUAUGAUCAUAAUAAAGUUUUGUUUUUUUUGUACUUUGAAAAACACGUUUUCUUACAAUGUGUAAUAUGGAUUUACUUAUACUAACAAAGCAAAAUAAAAAGAUCAAACAUUUUAAAAGCAAGCACUUAAAAGAAUUUAGAUCUUAAGCUACAGCUUCUACUUAUAGAUAAGUGAUUAUGAAAGCAGGCAGAGAUCGCAAGGAUGAUUAGUGCUUACUAUUCUAUAGCAAAGGAGGUGCGAUGGCUGAGUGGUAAAGUGCUUGGCUUCUGAACCAGGGGUCCCGGGUUUCUAAUCCUGGUGAAGAUGGGGAUUUUUUAUUUCAGCGCUUCUGAGUCCACCCAGUUCUAAUGUCCACCUGACAUUAGUUUGGGAAAAGUAAAGGUGGUUGGUCAUUGUGCUGGCCACGACACCCUAAUUAACUGUGGGCCACAGUAACAGAUGGGCCACCGAUCGCAAGGUCUGAAAGGGGAGCUUUUUUUACUUUUUUCUUUAAUGAAGAUAAAUCUUUAAGGGAUGGUCAAGGCACCAUGUUGAGAAAGCUGCAAGAUGAAAAAAUGGUUGUUUCUUGAAGCAAUAUUGCAGAUUUCUAUGUUCCACUUUGGUUGUGUAUUGUCACAGCACAAACAAGCGUCAAUUGAUAAUGAUAAAUAAAUAUAUUAGCUUAUAGAGUCUUAUGAUCUUGCAUUAUGGACCAUGUGUUAGUGAGAGCCUUGUAUGAAUUAGAGUUAGGAAAACUAAUGUUUGGCAGAAAUGGUUUACAAGUUGUCAUACAUGUCCUAUUCAAUCCAAUCAGCUAUUUUGAUGAAGCUAUGAUGGUAAGCCUGACAACAAAAUCAUUUUUGUCUAAAUGUUAGCCCACCUGUCAUAAUCAUGAGAACUAGUUUAACGAUAAAUAGCAUUUGUAAAGUGUUCUACUUAUUGGCAAUCAGGAUAUAUUUAAACCAUUUAGAAAAUAAACUCAAAAGAAGUAUAUAUAUA